GUAAAAGUGACCGUUUGGAUAGGUUGUUUAUUAAGCUAUGUGAUUGUUUAUAACAGUGGCAGCGGAUGACGUUUGAAAACCUUAUGACACUUGAGCUAGCAGUACUAGGCAGCUCAAAAUGAUCAGCACCAACACCUGGACUGUUGUUGGUGGAUGGGAUUUAGAGUGUAAUUAGACUUUAACUGACCUGGUUUCUUUUACGUUGACACGUGUACGGAGGCUGGAAACUUGAUUAGCCCCCUGGUGAGUGGCAGUUUUCCUUUGAGUACGGAGGGGUCUGAUUGAAGGCUGAAAGAUGGUCUGAUGGACCGCCGCUUCUUCCUGACCUUCCUCUUCUGCUCAGUGUCGUGGAUCUUCUUCUGGGAAGUGCGCUGGAAGAAAGGAAAAGAAAGUCAGAUUGAGGAAUGGCUCCAAGGACAUAGCCUCUCUCAAUACAAGCACUUAUUUGAAGAUGUACACACACUGGAGGAACUGAGUCUGAGUGUACUGACUCGUCUUGAAGAGGUGGUGAAGGAACAGCAGCGCUGGAGGGAAAUUGCAGAGGCCCACAUCCAGCUGCUCCGAGACUUUGCCUUCCAGGAGUGGCUUUGCUCCCAGAAACUGGAGCACUAUUACCAUACACUGAAGACCUUGCGUUGCAUGAAUCUGGAUGAUCUGUCUCAGUUCGACAAUCAGCUGCAGCUCUCUCUAGCUGCCUGGGGAUAUUACUACGAAGACUACAUAAAGUUGUCUACAGGUAUCAAGUUCCUCCAGAACUCCAGGGGGAGACGUGACCAGGACUACGAGAUCCGGCUGGUGCACAGCCUUUCUGUGCGCCGUCUGAAUGAGAAGUGGACAAUUGAGGGAGCUCUUAUAUUUGGCUGUACUGUGGCGCUGUGCUUCUUGAUAAGGGACCUCAUGUUUUACGUGAUUGGUGGAAUUACUGUUUCCAUCAUAGCGUUUGUCUUCACCAUCAAGUUCCUCUGUGAACUUGCAGCGAGGGUUGUCAGCUUCCUGCAGAAUGAGGAUCCAGGGCGACGCGGUGACCGCAGCAUCUACGACUAUGUCCGGGGCAACUACCUGGACCCGCGUUCCUGCAAGGUUUCCUGGGAUUGGAAGGAACCGCAGGAAGUGGGGCAAACUAUGAGCUUCAGAGUCCAGCUUUUCUAUAAGAAUGGCCAGCCUUUUCCAGCCCACCGGCCUGUGGGCCUGAGGGUCAACAUCACCCACAUCGAAUUGGCUCUGGACAUCCCUGUGACACAGGAGGUUCUGCAAGAACCAGAGUCCAAUGUAGUCAAAAUGACCUUCACAGUGCGCAAGGCCGGACGCUAUGAGGUUGCUGUCAAACUCGGUGGUCUCAAUGUGGCCUACAGCCCUUAUUUCAAGAUUUUUCAGCCAGGUACAGUUGUCCCAUCCAAAACCAAGAUAGCCUACCAUUUCUCCACCCUGGUGCUAACAAAUGGCCAACAGCACACUUUGCAAAUUGAGCCCAGGGACGAGUAUGGAAACCCCACCAGUAACUCCACAUCUCUCACAGAUGAAGACAACUACAGCAUCAAUGUGCACUCUCUGGGCACGGUGGAUGACGACAGCAUGGAGCAGUACUACAGUAAGUCAGUGUCACUCAACAAGCAGCAGUGCCAGGUUCUGCUAAAACUGACUCUGAGGAAGACGGGCUGUUUCAGGGGCCGCAUCUCCUACACAGACCAGCCGCUCAGCAACGGGGAAUUCGACAUUAUUGUUCUCAGUGAGAAUGAGAAGGCAUGUGUGGAGAAGAAUGUGUCCACUCCAGGCAUAAGUAUCUACUUUGAGGCAUACCUUUACAGCAACGGGAACUACAGUUCCUCAUGGCAGUUACCAGCCUCCUCUCUGCUGGCUCCCCAGAGGAGGCCCUCCAUGGGAGAAGAGGAGGAUGAGCAUGACUCUCCUGUGGAGGGACAACCUGAGAAGGUCAAGAAACCAAAAAAGGUCUACUGCUACAUAUCGCCAAAGCAACUAUCCGUGAAGGAAUUCUACCUGAAAAUUAUUCCGUGGCGCCUUUUCACCUUUCGAGUAUGUCCAGGAACGAAGUUUACCUAUUUUGGUCCUGACCCCGUUCACAAGUACCUGACUUUAGUGGUGGAUGAUGGGAUACAGCCUCCUGUGGAGCUCAGCUGCAAAGACAGAAACAUCAUGGCCGCCACCUUCAUUCGCUUCCUGCACAAGAACAUCGGUGGCUCUGAAACGUUCCAAGACAAGGUGAACUUCUUUCAACGUGAACUCAGGCAAAUCCACUCCAAGAGACCUCGCACCAAGACCUGCCUGAAAAUCACUCGACACUCCAUUCUGGACUCGUCCCUGAAGGCGACCAGGAACUUCUCGGUGUCAGACUGGAGUAAGAACUUUGAGGUCGUGUUUCAGGAUGAGGAAGCUCUGGAUUGGGGAGGGCCUCGCAGGGAGUGGUUUGAGCUGGUGUGUAAGACCCUCUUUGACACCUCCAACCAGCUGUUCGCCCGCUUCAGCGACAACAACCAGGGUCUGGUGCACCCAAACGCUGACCGACAGGCCCACCUCCGUCUGAAGAUGUAUGAGUUUGCAGGUCGCGUCGUAGGGAAGUGCCUGUAUGAGUCCGCUCUGGGUGGGGCCUACAAGCAGCUGGUCCGAGCUCGCUUUACACGGUCCUUCUUAGCCCAGAUCAUUGGCCUCAGGAUGAACUACAAGUACUUUGAGACAGAUGACCAGGAGUUCUACAAAACUAAGGUCUGCUUCAUCCUAAACAAUGACGUGAGUGAAAUGGACUUGGUGUUUGCUGAGGAGAAGUACAGCAAGUCAGGACAGCUGGAGAAGGUGGUGGAGCUGAUAUCAGGGGGAUCUCAGAUCGCUGUUACCAAUGAAAACAAGGUGCAUUAUCUCAACCUGCUGGCCCAGUACAGACUGGCCAGCCAGGUGAGAGAUGAGGUGGAACACUUCCUGAAAGGUUUGAACGAACUGGUUCCAGAAAACCUGCUAGCCAUAUUUGAUGAGAAUGAGUUGGAACUCUUGAUGUGUGGCACCGGUGACAUAAACGUGCAGGACUUCAAGGCCCACGCGGUGAUUGUCGGAGGAUCGUGGCACUUCAGAGAGAAAGUGAUGAAGUGGUUCUGGGCCGUGGUGUCCAGCUUCACCCAGGAGGAGUUGGCUCGUCUACUGCAGUUCACCACCGGCUCCUCUCAGCUUCCCCCUGGGGGAUUCAACACCCUUUGUCCCUCCUUCCAGAUCAUUGCUGCCCCCACACACAGCACCUUGCCCACUGCACACACGUGUUUUAACCAGCUGUGCCUCCCGACAUACGACUCGUACGAGGAACUGCACAAGAUGUUGAAGCUGGCCAUCAGUGAGGGCAGCGAGGGCUUCGGCAUGCUCUGACUGUCCCGUCACCGGCACUGUGGUUCCACCUGUACCAGGGAGUCCAGCACUGCCCACUCUAGUGCACCGGUUUCCUGCUUUCACCUGCAUUUAACUGUGUGCUUCUUGGUAGGGAAUCACCCAGACUCCCUAUAAAUACUCUCUCAGGGAUGAGAGCGCAUUUCAGGAAGUCCCAGAAGGCUGCCCUGAAACUGGAACUCAGUCAUAUGAACUCUAGUACUACUUCAUGUAUAUAAAAUAUCUCGCUUUUGUAAAAAAAGGAAACCAGGAACUGCUGGAAAAGGUGAGACAUGGGCUAGUUGUAUUUCUUAAUGCUAAAGUUUGCUUAGUUUUAUAUGUUUGAAAGACAAAUGAUGCUAGAGCGAAGGCCUUGAGUAUUACGUUAUAACUGCUUCUUCAUUUUGCAAACUGAGGAACACUUAAGUGCAACAGCGGCCUACAUGUGAUGUGCGUGACGCGUGCACCUACAGCACUUUGGCCUUAAUCGAUCAGGGACUGAUGUGUGUGUUUGUAAAUAUAUAAUAUCACUCUUUUAUUCCAAUACUUGUACAUACUAGUGUGUAUACAUAGUUUUUCAUCUCGUAAGCUCUUUGUUCAAGGAGAAGGGAUUUCUUUAUUGUUGCACGUUUGAUGGGUUAAGAGUUUAUAUAAUUUCUAUAAGGUUUUUUCCUCCUCAGAAAGAAUGGGUUUUAAAAGAAGCCAAGUUAUUUCUAUUGUUUAUACAUGUUUUUAACUUAUUGUGUCUUUGAAAAAACAAUAUUUGGGUUGACCCAUACUGUUGAAAAUAUGUUUGUCUGGAGUGGUAAAUGUUUUUGUUAUGUUUUAUAACCUGCCUUAUUCAUGCCCUUUGCCUCUGAUUGUAUCCAGAGAGGUGCGUAGGUGAGAGAAGCAUAGUGGACAAUAGUAAGUAAUAAGUAUAUUAUGGCAUUUCUACUAUCACAUGCAGGGGUCACUGUGUAUGUUAGGGAGAGCCCAUGUAUAACAAACAUGUUGUUAUAUUUGCUGUAUCCUUCUUACUUUACACAGCCUUUUUAUGGGUUUACCUCAGAAUCUCCAAUGCCACAUAUUCAUCCUCUCAUACCGGUGUAUAUGUGCUCAUGCACACACAUUGUAAAUCAUACACAUUCAGUUCAUAGCUGCCUCCUUCCAGUCCUGUAACCUUCAGGUAUAUUCUCCCACAUCCUCAGUAAACUGAAGCAUUAUAUCAAAAGAGAUUACGCCCUGUUUGUUUUUCUUUGCUAUUGUAAAACUAUUUAUUUGUAAUGCGAGUACUGUCCAUAUCCAGAGCCAACAGAGCUGUUUCCUCCCUUUUUGCUGUUCAUAAUUGUAGCAAUUCUUACAUGUUCAUUAGCCAUUUUGUACUAGUUUGUGCUGCCAGUCAGUGUUUGCAGAUCGUAAAAUAGGAAAGUAGGAAAAUCUAUGUUUAGACAUUGUUUUGUUUUUUUAGAAAGAAAACGUUAAUGGAUGAUUCUUCUCAAUCAUAUGUUGAUUUGAAUAUGUUCACGUUGCCCACAGAGCACUCUGUGUCAAGUUUCACUCCUCGCAUAAUUCUUACAGUAUCAGUAAAUGCUUGACUCGGCCACUAAGAGAUUGGACUUUCUUAUUGUCGAAUGGCAAAGAUAUCACAUUCUGACUAGUUGCAGCAGGUUGAGAUGUACUGCGUUGGCUCACCAGAACCAACACUUUGGAUUUGAUGAGCAUUUGCUUGUGCUUUCGUUGGCCUUUUACAGUGUUGAGAGGUGUUUAAGAGGGUUUAUGGAUUUGUGUUUGUUUGGGUUGUGCAAUGUUGACCUGAUGAACUGAGAACAGUGAAAAAAAAGUUCUUAAUAAAAUGUUUUCAGCACCAGUACCAAGGGCUGAUAUCAUAUUUACCAGAAGUAAAAGUAGUUUAAGUAUUACAUGUGUUAGUUGUUCCAUUAGAUGUGACCAUUAUAAACAAAUAUGAAGGAGGUCUGUCCUGUAGUUUUAUGUUCUAGUUUAAUGUUUUGCUUGUCAUGAGCAUCUACUACUUUUAUUUGGCUAUGUUUGGAUUGUUUCUGGGGUAGAUGGCCUGAGUGUGACUUUUAGCAAUGUAGAUAUUGUGAAAUAUUUGCCUAUGACUUUGAAGCUGCGAUACUUUUUGCUUUCCUUUUUUUUUUUUAAUGGCAAGCCUCUGCUGACGAAUGUUGAGGUCUGCUGAGGUUCUCUGCACUGCAGGUCCUUUGUUUAUGGGAAUAAAAAAUGAUGGACUCAA